AUGAAUGUUGAUGCUGGCGUUUCUUAUUGUGAUAGCAGCAGUGCUAUGGAGUGCUACUACAGCCCAGCUCAGCAGGGCAGGGAGCUGCAGACUUCUCCUUUUAGGGCAUUCCAGUCCAGUGAUAAGUUUAGUCCAGCUUUCCUGGCCAGCAAAGGACAGGGCUUUGGGGACAAGUCCAGAGGCUCUUACCAGCAGGAGUGCCAGUCCUUGGAUGGCAGUGCCCAGGGCAGCACAGGGGAGCAGCAGCAGAGCUCUUUCCUCAAGUACCAGCAGCAAUCUCACCACUACAUGCAAAACAGCUCCUGCAAAACUCCCCCAGACAGCAGCCCGGGGGACCCCCUCAUCUCAUGCUAUGCCAAAGAGAGUUCCCUGACUCCAAACAGUGAUCAGACAGGAAUGGAUAAUAGCUACCUGAACAACAAAGAAUCUUCAAGCAAGGGGUCUCAGGACCGGGGCAGUGGAGAGCUUCCUAUGGACAAGACAGACUCUGAGAGCAACAAGGGGAAGAAACGUAGGAACAGGACCACUUUUACUAGUUACCAGCUUGAAGAGCUGGAGAAGGUCUUCCAGAAAACACAUUAUCCUGAUGUCUAUGCCCGUGAGCAAUUAGCCAUGAGGACUGACCUAACUGAGGCCAGAGUGCAGGUUUGGUUCCAGAAUCGGAGAGCGAAGUGGCGAAAGAGGGAGAGGUUUGGGCAGAUGCAGCAAGUCCGAACUCACUUCACCUCGGCUUACGAGCUCCCAAUCCUAACCAGAGCAGAAAACUAUGCUCAGAUUCAAAACCCCUCCUGGAUUGGAAAUAACAGUGGAGGAUCUCCAGUGCCCGCCUGUGUGGUACCAUGUGACACUGUGUCAUCUUGCAUGUCACCCCAUUCUCACACACACUCUGCCGGAGGAGUCUCAGAGUUUCUAAGUGUUCAGGGUCCUGGAUCUCAUGUGGGCCAAGCACACAUGGGUGGUCUCUUUGGUAGUGCAGCCAUGGGUCCUGGAUUAAAUGGGUACGACUUGAACGCUGAGCCUGACCGCAAAAGCUCCAGCAUUGCGGCUCUCAGGAUGAAAGCCAAGGAACACAGUGCUGCCAUGUCUUGGGCCACAUGACAAAGCUGCCAUUUGUGUAUAAAAACAAAAAAAUCUAACAUGAAAACCAGCAUCAUGGCACAAAUUCACAAAGCCUCACCAUGGUGCCUGCUACGUAGUUUCCCAAAGACUAGAAGCAUUUAUGCCAAACUCGAAUUACGCAUUUCUGAUGGAGCACUGGAACUUUUGUAGAUAUUGCUAGCAGAAAAAAAAUGGGGGCAUCUGGGUGCAGUACAAUGACAAUCCACAAAUAUAUUAGGAAAAUAUUCAGGGAUAUUUAACCCAUGAAUCAGGGAGGCCUGCAAUGCAUCAUGGUGCUUAGCACUGAAAUUCUUCAUUCUUCUCUCCACUAAUUUCGUCCAAGCUACUCUUCCUCUGCUCAGACAAUGUCUCUUACCCCUUGGGAACACACUGCAUGAGACUAAAGCUACAGGCAUAAACAUACCAAAGAGUUUUGGAGUUAGGAGACCAUCCCCUAAAGUUCAGGCAGGACUGGCAAGCAUUGUAAUAGGGGUGCAACAUUUACUGGACCGGACUUGAUAGAAAUGCCUUGGGCCGGACUAGAGCAGCUGACAGUUCUUGCAGACUUUGUAAAAGUGAUUUGUUGUUGAUUUCUGUUUUUGUUUAUAACACUUGAAAAUUGGAAUGCUUUGCUUUAUAUUAAUUAUUUUGUUGUUGUUUGUGUCUGUUUUCUUCUUUAACAUUUCACAGAAUGGUACCAGGGUGGAUUUAUGAUCUCACAGUCGCCACCUAAUAACCAUAUGCUUCUUAAAAGAUUGUAUUUAUAUAAUUAUUUCCAGAGAAGUAGAAUCCUAAUUCAGUAGCUUCCCGAUAGUAAAUCGAUGUACUCUCUUGCAGUUGUUUUGUACCCAAAAGAGCAAAAAAUAAGUAAUCACCCUGGAGAGAUUGUGGGCAGAUGAAAAUAUGUGGUUAGGUCACACUACAAGGCAGAAAUAAAGUUAUCUUUAAUAAAAUAGGAGCUAGAUAAAAAAAACAUUAAUUAUUAUUAGCGGAGAGUAUUUUUGACAUUUUAGGAUUUGUGGGGUCAAUGGCUUUCUUGGCUGUUGGCUCGUCCUACAACAUAUACCAAAGUACCUCUUGCACUUCAUCCAUUAUCUUAGAACAUUAGCAAAUUAAGCCAUUUUGGUAAUAGUAACCUUCAGGCUGCUCAAGUGAUAUUUAGUCUCAUCCACAAGGUUAGCGUCACUUUCAGGCUGUGACUGGAAAGUUAUGCUAUUUUCGCUGGAUUAAGUGUUCCCAUCAGCUUCUCCAUUAAAGGGUCUCUUGUUCUUCAUGCACUUGGAAAGUCUCCAAACCAACCAUUUCUGGUCUAAGGCUUUCAGCACAAGAGACAGAAUUCAGCCUGUAAAUUUCCUUUCUGUCCUGUAGAAGUGGCUGGUUGUCUUUUUUUUGAGCUAGUUGAGGUUUUUUGAGAAAUUAAUAUUUACCCUCAGAAAAUAGAGCUGAUUAAGAAUAGACACGAAGACAGAAAUCUAGGAUUAUGGAGGUGACGUCUACACCAAACUAUUCUCCUGCUUCCAGCCUCUAUGGUAAGCUAAUUGUUUUUUUUCAGAAUACUAAAUGAUAACUUUUUAAACAGCACUUCUGAUUUGAGUAAAUAGUAAAAAAGAAACAACAAAAAAAAACCCAAAAGGGGUCCUUUAGCCUUCUAAAAGACUCACUAAUGGACAAAGGGUAUUCUUGAAAGCUGUUAGUGGGAUUAAAAAUAACUAGUUUUAAAUCAAUUAGAUUACUUUCAUAUUGUGUCCAAAUCCAACCAAUUACCAUAGAUGUUUGGCUGCCCUGCUGCUAGAAGCAGAAUUACUUUAUUUAGUAAGUCAGCCGCAGCUGAUGCAUCAGAGACCCAAUAACUGGUUUUGAACAAGAGUAUAAGGCUACAGGCUGACCAAAUAAAAGCACAAAACAUAAGACAUAUGAUUUUUUUUCAGUCAUUUUUCCCUGAUAUCAGAUACACAAAAAAGAAUAGGAAGCACAACAAUCGCCAAACAAUUAGUCAUUUAGAAUAGUGGCUUUGUAUUUUACGUUUCAUUCUUUAUGGUCGUCUACCCCUUGUGUAUUUACCAUCAAAAACCUUUUACUACCGGCAGCUGGAACAAGGUUGCUUUAUUAGAUAGCACUUAUCUUGCUUACACUAAGCACCCCUAAUGAAAAGAAAAAUAAGUUAGACAAUGCAAUAAAGUUAAAUUGAUAUACAAAAUAUCAUAAGGUAAUUCAAAAAACAAUUCAAUUCUGUAUUCUAAUUUAAAUUAAUAUUGCUUUCAUAGGUAUUAACGUCAUCUUCUGUAUUCAAAUUCAUUUUGUUUCUUGUAUUUAAGAAUGUUAAUUUGCCAAUAAAGAUAGUUGAAUUUAAAAAAAGAAAA